CUCUCAGUCACUCAGCUGAUGCUCGUGCGUUAGGUUGACAUUGCUUGUGGGGAGUUGUGUGGACGUGUGGGUUCCAUCUGGCAUCGAGUUCUUGGCAAAACCGAAAACCACCAGUAGCUGGGUCCACAAAUUGAAAUCAAUAUAUAGAAUUAUAUAAGCGGCAAACCCAUACGCGAACACCCCACCCACCUAUACGUAUAGUCUCCUGGCGAGCGUGUGUUUGUGUAAAUAAUAUCUGUGGAAUUCCCCCCAGUGCAUUCCGGUUUUCGAAAAACACCGAACGACAACAAUGUAUAGAGACAUAUAGAUGAACGUCGCUUUGUCGACAUCGAAAAACCCCAAAAUACAUCAAUAAAAGGUUUAAAAGCCUCUCAAUAAUUGAUGCACACCCACAUGGUUACGCAAAAGUGUGAUUCAUUUGUGUGCACAAUUAUUAAUAAUUUAAUUUAAUUUAAUUUUAAAAGCCCUGCCUGAUAAGCGAAGCUUGAGCCAAUUCUUCAAAAUGGGUAAAAUCGCAGAUUGCUUGAUGCUAUGGAUUCCACUACUCUUGGGAGCCAUCUUCCUGUGCUCGGCGGUUCCUCAAAACAACCAAGCGCCCCUGCAGCUUUCAGUGGGCAAUCCCCUUACCGCAUUCACAGCUCCCACGGCUUUUCAAAGUGGCGUCAGCCAUAUCCAGUCCAUGAGAAGCAACUUCGACACGGAUGUCCUGGUCAGCAUUUCGCAGGGGGUCCAGGACUUCGCCCUCGAUCUUCUGCAGCGCAUAUCCGUCGAAGUGGAGAAGACCAACAAGGAUUUCAUGAUAUCGCCCUUCUCCGUCUGGUCACUCCUGGUGCUCCUCUACGAGGGAUCCGAGGGAGAGACGCACAACCAGUUGAAAAAAAGCCUGCGGAUCAAUGUCGAGGACGAAAAGCUUCGGGGCGCCUACAAGGUGUGGAGCUCAUUUCUGAACAUCACCACUUCCACCAUCGAAGUAGCCACCCUGCAGGCCAUAUACACCGGCAAGGGGUAUCCCAUCAAGAACAACUACCGCGAUGCUAUUCAGAACUACAAUGUGCAGCCGAUGGAAGUGGACUUCUAUAGCCCGGAUUCGGUGAUCCAGAUCAACGAGGACACAAAUCGCACGACCCGCGGUCUUAUUCCUUAUACCAUUCUGCCACAGGAUGUAUAUGGAGCGAAGAUGUUUCUGCUCUCGUCUCUGUACUUCAAGGGCCAAUGGAAGUUUCCCUUCAACAAAACGCUGACAAGAGAGGAACCCUUCUUCAGCGAGAGCGGCGAGGUCAUCGGAAAGAUUCCCAUGAUGGUGCAGGAAGCGAACUUCGCCUACGUCUCAAACGUAGAGGGCUUGGAUGGCUAUGUGCUGGAGCUGCCCUACGGCACCCAGGACCGUCUGGCGAUGAUCGUGGUGCUGCCCAAGCGCGGAUUCAAGCUAAAUGACGUAGCCAAUAAUCUGAAGGCCUUGGGAUUGAGGCCCAUCCUGCAGCGACUGGCGGCAUUCAGGAGCAGGGCCUCCGAGGACAACGAAGUGGAGGUCAUGAUGCCCAAGUUUGUGACUGCCACAGAUUUCACUCUUAAGGGAGUCCUCAUCCAGAUGGGCAUUCGCGAUCUGUUCGACGAGAAUACCGCCAACCUGAACCGAAUGUCGUCCGGCUUGUUUGCCAAGCUGGUCGUCCACUCAACCAAGAUCAUUGUGGACGAGCAGGGAACCACGGCGGGAGCCGUCACGGAGGCAGCGCUGGCCAACAAGGCCACACCGCCCAAGUUCCUGCUCAACCGGCCCUUCCAGUAUAUGAUCGUAGAGAAGGCAACCGGACUACUCCUCUUCGCCGGACAAGUGCGGAAUCCCAAGGCGGCCUAAGAAUCCACCGACUCACAGUUUACUCACAUACCACAAUAAAUACGUUACGUUAAGACAAAA